GGGAAGCGGAAGGCGCUCCCGAGGCCGCCGGCUCCAGGGAGCCCGCAGGGACAGGGACGGGCGCCGGGACCGCUCCGCUGCCCGCUGCACCAGGCACCGCGAGGAGCAGCUGCUCUGACGCCCCGGGAACGCGUGUGCUGCUGUGGGAAGAGCGCGACUGUCCCGUGCCCGCCGCCGGCAUUUCAGUUCUGUCACAGGAGCCGGCUCUUCUCCUGCCGCAUUCAGCAUUAGCGGGGCAGGCAUCCCUUCCAUCCGCUGUCCAGUUAUUAAAAACAUGGUACUCCAGUCAUUAAAAAACUGCCUUUGGCUGUCCUGCAUCCUCAGGACUCCAAAAGCUUGCUUCUGGAGCACAGUUAGUGGAGGCCUCAUUAUCCAGUCUGUUUCUAAUGAUGUUUACCAAAAUCUAGCUGUGGAAGACUGGAUCCAUGACCACAUGGAUUUAGAAAAGCAACAGGUCCUUUUCCUUUGGAGAAAUUCCCCUGCUGUGGUAAUAGGGAGACAUCAGAAUCCCUGGCAGGAAUGCAACCUCAGGCUAUUGAGGCAAAAAAACAUAAAACUAGCCAGGAGAAGAAGUGGAGGAGGGACAGUUUACCAUGACUUAGGUAAUAUCAAUUUGACUUUCUUCACAACCAGAAAAAAAUACGAACGAAUGGGAAACCUGAAGCUCAUUGUGAAGGCACUGAAAGCCUUGCGACCCCAGUUAGAUGUACAUGUCACUGACAGAUAUGACAUCUUGCUAGACAGGCAAUACAAAAUCUCAGGCACUGCUGCAAAGCUGGGAAGGACAAGUGCUUAUCACCACUGUACCUUACUCUGUAAUGCAGAUAAGUUUGUUUUAUCUUCUGUGCUAAAAAGUCCUUAUAAAGGGCUGAAGAGCAAUGCCACUCCCAGCGUGCCUGCCUCAGUGAAAAAUCUCUUUGAAGAGGAUGCCAGUUUAACUUCUGAGAUGCUCCUGGAUGCCAUUGCUAAAGAAUAUGCUGUGCAACACCAGAUAGAUCACCAUAUCACCUUAAUAAAUCCAGCUGAUGAGACUCUGCUUCCUGGAAUUAGUAACAAAACUGAAGAACUACAAACCUGGGAAUGGGUGUAUGGAAAGACACCAAAGUUCAGUGUUAGCACAUGUCUUAACAUGGCCCAUAAAGAUUCUGUUCUUGACGUUAAAGUAAAUCUGGAUGUAAAGCAUGGAAGGAUUGAAGUCUGUAACAUUGAUCUGCCAGAACAGUGGCUGCCACCAGGACUGUGCAGUGAACUGGUCAAGAGUCUUACUGGCAGUAAGUUUUGUCCAAACGAAAUCACUACUCUAGUGACAACAUUGCUAAGAGCGUGUCCACAGGACGAUGAGUUGCACAGCAGGUGGAGCCUACUAUGUGAGAAUAUGAUAAGGUUAAUGUGACUUGCAUUUUGAAAAUGUAAGUUAAAAUUCUGCUGCUUUUUUAUUUAAUGUAUUGAAAUCAAAAUUAAAACAUUCACUAAUAAGAGAAAAAUUCAGCUUGUGGAAAACAAA